UAAAAUAGACUUGAGAAGGAGAUCUCCAGUCAUGAUUGCAUCUCAAAGAUGAACUCUGGAGUGAGUGUUACAUUUCUACAUGAAAAGAUCAGGCAGUUACAGUCAGAACUGGAGCUCCACAAGCUCCGCUCUGCUGAGGAGCUAAAGAAGCAAGCCAAGCAUUAUGAAAAGAUAACAAGAAAAUCACAACGUAGGAUGUAUAACAAGCAGGAUACAGUGCAUCUCACCAAUGAUAUGGACUUGAUUGGGAACACAGAGUCCAUUCCAAAGAAGAAAAAUAAUACCUCGAAGAAUGCUAACCCUCUCAAUAAAAGUAAGAAUGAAAGCCAGAUUUCACUCAUGGGCCCAAUAAAUACCUCCCAGUCUGCCAAAUCAUCGAAGAGUGGGUUGAUGGAAGAGGUCAAAAGCACUUCAGCAGGGGAGAAUAAGUUGAAAGCACGCAGACCAAAGAACUUAGUGAUUGAUAACUUUAAAAAGCACGAAGAAAUUGAGAUAUCUCCUCAAUUCAACAGUGAAAAUGAAAAUCAGGAUAAGGAAACCCAGCUGAUUGGAAGAAGCAAGCAGUACAACAAAGUGACUAAGCGAGGCUAUGAAGAGUAUGAUGUCAAGAACCACAGAGAUUUGAAUGCUCAAUUUUAGAUUUU